AUGAGGGAGAAAAGUGUAGGGACAAGAGUGACCUAGGACUCAGGACCCAGGAGCAUGACGCUUAAGGGGCGAGAGGCAGCUGGUCAGCCUCCAGCCAUGCUGCCCACAGCCAAUGGCAGUGGGCCAAGCCAGGAAUUGGAAGGCCAUUGGCCAGAAAUCCCGGAGAGGUCCCCAUGUGUGGCUGGUGUCAUCCCCGUCAUCUACUACAGCAUCCUGCUGGGCCUGGGGCUGCCUGUCAACCUCCUGACCACAGUAGCCCUGGCCCGGCUGGCUGCCAGGACCAGGAAGCCCUCCUACUACUACCUUCUGGCGCUCACGGCCUCGGAUAUCGUCACCCAGGUGGUCAUCGUGUUCGUGGGUUUCCUCCUGCAGGGCGCCGUGCUGGCCCGGGAGGUGCCCCGGGCUGUGGUACGCACGGCUAACAUCCUGGAGUUUGCCGCCAAUCAUGCCUCCAUCUGGAUCGCUGUCCUGCUCACAGUCGACCGGUACAGCGCCCUGUGCCAUCCCUUGCGCCACCGGGCCGCCUCUUCCCCAGGCCGGACCCGCCGGGCCAUUGCCGCUGUCCUCAGUGCUGCCCUGCUGACCGGCAUCCCCUUCUACUGGUGGCUGGAUGUGUGGAGGGACGUGGACCCCCCCAGCAUACUGGAUGAGACCCUCAAGUGGGCUCACUGCCUCAUCGUCUACUUCAUCCCUUGCGGCAUUUUCCUGGUCACCAACUCGGCCAUCAUCUGCCGGCUGCGGAGGAGGAGCCAGAGUGGGCUGCGGCCCCGAGUGGGCAAGGGCACAGCUAUCCUCCUGGGCGUCACCACACUCUUCACCCUACUUUGGGCGCCCAGGAUCUUUGUCAUGCUCUACCACCUGUAUGUGGCUCCUGUCCACCGGGACUGGAGGGUCCACCUGGCCUUGGACGUGGCCAACAUGGCGGCUAUGCUCAACACAGCAGUCAACUUCAGCCUCUACUGCUUCGUCAGCAAGACUUUCCGGGCCACCAUCCGAGAGGUCGUCCAUGAUACCCACCUGCCCUGCCUCCUGGGGUCUCGGCCAGAGGGCAUGGUGGUGGACCCUGUGCUAAAGCCCCCAGGACUUCCCAAAGGGACAGGAUUGUAG